ACAGUUUAUGAAAGAGAAAACUUUUCUCUUUCGUUUACUACCAACAUCUGUGAUUGGCGUGUAACGGUUUGUCCGGAAUUUCCAUUCAAAGUGGAUUUUGACAGUUGGCUUUUAGGCCGUAAUCAUAUGUUUGUCGAGAAUUUUCAUGCAUUUUCUAGCAUAUACUUCUAGUAAAUAUUCAAUGAGUGGAUAGACCGAAUACGUCCAAUGCACAAAAUUUGCAGCAGAAGAAACGAGAGGCAGAUCAAAAAGUAUGAUAUCGGUGAUUAAAAAAAAGUUCUGCGUAUGCCUGGUCCAGACAUUUACAGACUUUUAAAACAGUAAUAAACUGACCGAUUUUCUUCAGAAAAUAAUAGAUGUGUCCCAGCAUGCAAAGAAUUACGAAUCAAAUACCGUUCAUACUUUUACCAUUUAGAUUUUUUUUAAGAAAUUUAGAACUUAAUCUUUCACGGAAUCUUUUUGGUCUUUUUCGGAGUAACGAACCAAUGAUCUCUAAAUGCGCAGGUAUCCUUCUGUUGAUCAACAGCAUGCGGCAGCUGUUCAAAUCGUAAAAUUAUUUCCACAACUUAGUAAUACGCGAGUCACACCAACUGCUCCUGAUGAGUCAUUUUUCUUUUGGCGCAACGGAGGCAAGGAAAAGGGUGCUCAUACUGGCAUGAUAUUUCAUCGCAUCCGGAAUGUCAUCAAACAGCUACCUGCAGGAAAACAUAAAUAUAAUCGAGGAACUAUGCCUGUAGAAGAGUCCGUUUCAACUGAACUUGUAGAGCGGGCUCAAUUGCUCCGAGUAAUGCUUGCAUCGGCAUCAGUAGCAGAACAUAUUUGUGAUGAAAUGGACCGAUGCUUUCCAGUCCUCAAACUGUUAUUAAAAGAAAAGAAACCCGUUAAUGAUAUCUUGGAUAUGUUUCCACACCUGUGUUCAUAUGAAGGAUUGGUGAUUCGUCAAAUGUUUGAGAGAUUGUAUCCUAACAAAACAGAAGGUCUCAAAAUCGAGGAUGUCUUCUCUCAGUGUCUAUCUUAUUCACCGUCCAGAUUCUCUAGAGUAGAAGAUGAUCACAUUCGAGGAUGCUUGAGAAUAAUUUCUCAUAUGCCAAUUCGCGGACAAAAAAGAACGCUGGUAGGCUGUCCAACUGUAGGCGAAGAACAUUCGGCUUCAAUUUUAAUUCGUUGGAUUGAGGUAAAUGCAAUAUAAUAUACAUAAGGUUAGAUGUAAUGAUUUUAUAUCAUCAUUAGGAGUGCUUAGAUACAUACGUGGCAUCCCCCGCAACUGAUUCCAAACUACACAUGGUGUGCGUAGCAAGCCCGAUGAAAAGAGGAAAUUAUGCCGUCAUUUGUGAGAAAAAAGUUAUAUUCGAGACUAACAAUUCUAUUCAUG